UCACAGAAGAUGUCAAAAAAGAAUUCUUGCAAUGCCGUCUGUAAUGAUUUACUGUUGCUCUAUUUCUACUUUUCUUGUAUUUCAGUGAAUUCCCUGCUUUGCCCAAGUUGCCAUUCUGAGACGGAUAAAUGUGAAUUUCAUCCAUUACACUGUCACGGGGAAGACAACGUGUGCCUGACAGAAAAGAUAUGGACCUUAUCUGAUAAAGAAAAUGACUUUGAACUGAUAAGAAGAUGCGGAAGAGCGGCAGAGUGCAGCCGAAUUGGUACAUUUUCCAGUGACUUAAAAAGGUUUGCCAUCAAUACUACCUGCUGUAACUCCAGUAUGUGCCUCCCUCCUAUCCCCAUGUUCCCAUCCCAAGCAUCAGCUGAAAAUGGCCUGGCCUGCCCAGCGUGCUACGUAGAGAACUCCAGGAGAUGUUUAUUAGAUGAACCCUUGAACUGUGUUGGAAAUGAGAAUCGCUGCAUCCAGUACCUAAAGCAGGAACUCUAUGAAGGCAAGUUGAAAAUUGAGUCUUUUUAUGGAUGUACCACAGACAGUAUCUGCCAACUUGGAUCAUCGAGAAAAAGAUUCUUGUAUUUGACAAAUGAGACUUUCAAAACCGUAAAAAUGGAUAUGAGCUGCAGCGGCAGUAUGGGGCUGAGCGUUCCCUUCCUCUCCUACCUGGGCUUCAGAUUAGUUGGCCUUAUGAUAAUAAAGUUUAUCUUAUAAAUAAUCUCUGUAACUUACAGUAGGCAUUCCAUGUGUUGAUCUUUGUCUCCAUAGACAUGUAUGUGUCUUCUAUUGUACGUUCACACAACACAGAAUCAUUAGGUAUUACAGUCUUCACUGACCAAAUAAAGUUAUUUCUCUAUUAAUUCAAAUUCUAAUAAAGAUGUUUUUUCACUGAGGAAAUUCACAUAAGAAUUGAUCAUUUAUUGAUCAUCUAGUUAAAGACUUUAGGGAUUAUUUUUGAAGAAAAAUCCAAUGCAGCUAGCCCUGUCCUUACUGCCUGCAUUAAUUACAGUGAAUGAAGUUUAUCAGAGCACCAAUCACAACAAAGUAAUG